UCAUAAUUUUAAACCGGUUUCAACACGUUUUUGUAUAGCACCGAUAACAGUCACCGACGUUUCCGUCCGUUUCCUGUGUCGACCGGAAGUAAAGGUUUCGGCUCGCCAGCUGUCAUGGCGGAAAAGACGAGUGUUUUCAAGCUGCUUCUGCUGCUUCUGUUAAUUUCUGUGAGCUUCCUGCAUUUAUACAUGUGUCCUUUUACUAAAGUCGAAGAAAGCUUCAAUUUACAAGCGACGCACGACAUUCUGUACCACAGACUUGAUUUUGACAAGUAUGACCAUCAUGAAUUCCCUGGAGUUGUGCCGCGGACUUUUCUCGGACCCCUGUUCCUCUCAAUGCUCUGCUCCCCGCUUGUUUUUCUAUCAUCUCUGCUGGAGGCACCAAAAUUCUACUCUCAGCUUAUAGCCCGAGCUUCGCUGGGAUUGUGUGUGAUUGGUGCUCUUUGGCACAUGCAGAAAGAGGUGAGGAGGCAGUUUGGCUCCACAGUUGCAGUUCUUUUCUGUCUGAUCUGUGCCUCCCAGUUUCACCUCAUGUUUUACAGCACGAGAACACUCCCUAAUGUCUUUGCACUACCGAUAGUUCUUGUAGCAUUCACAUCUUGGAUGGCUCAGAAACAUGGCUGGUUCACCAGCCUCUCUGCCUUGGUCAUCAUUGUGAUCCGGUCUGAGCUCUGCAUCUUGCUAGGCCUCAUGUUGCUGAUGUUGCUGCUGAGCAGGAGGCUGGGGCUGCUGCAGCUGAUUUACUAUGCUGCUCCUGCUGGACUCUUGGCUCUGACUCUGACGGUGGCUGUCGACAGCUUCUUUUGGAGGAAGCUUUUGUGGCCUGAGGGGCAGGUGUUGUGGUACAACACUAUUCUCAAUAAAAGCUCCAACUGGGGAACCUUGCCGUUUCUGUGGUAUUUUUACUCCGCCUUACCUCGAGCCUUGGGCUGCACGCUGCUCUUCGUGCCUCUCGGCCUCCUCGACAGGAGGAUAAGGCUGCUGCUGCUCCCCACAGUUGGCUUCAUCCUCAUCUAUUCGCUGCUGCCCCACAAGGAGCUGCGUUUUAUCAUUUACACGUUCCCCGUGCUCAAUUUGGCAGCAGCACGUGGCUGUUCUUUCAUUUUGUGCAACUAUCAGAAAUCCUGGAUGUACAAACUUGGCUCUGCGGUUGUGGUUGGCCAGCUGUUGAUCAACUCAGUGUACACUAGUGUUUGCCUGUACGUAUCCCUCAAUAACUACCCAGGAGGCAGAGGAAUCCAGGAACUACACAGGCUGUUGGCAGCCACAGCAGAUGUCUUUGUCCACAUUGACACCUUUGCUGCCGAGACAGGAGUGUCACGCUUCUUAGAGCAAAACAAAAACUGGAGAUAUGACAAAAGAGAAGACAUAAGCACCACAAGCCCUGAGAUUCAAGUGUAUUCGCACUUGUUGAUGGAGGCCAACAUCACCAAGAUACAGCAGCUCCGGGACACUCACAAGCCUCUGGUCUUCAUCGAGGGCUUCAGCAACAUGGCCUUCACCACAGCUCACUUCCCACCUGUCAGAGUGCAUUUAGGGAAGAAAGCUGUGCUGAUGGAAAGCAAGAUCUGGGAGGCCACACUAAGAGAAACAUGAACUGAUAUGUGAUAGUUAAGACUCUUUGGGUGACCAAGGAAGGUCAAAUAUGAUGCUGCUAGGUUAAAAAAAUAUAUAUAUUUUGUUGUCCAGCUGUCACAUUCAACACAGAACCUCUAUGAUCUUCUACCCCAGCAGGUGCAUCCAUCUUUACACCAGAGAAUGAGUUAUUUCUUUUGCAAACAGAUUUGUAUAUAAAUAAAACCAAAGAUGGCAAGUUAAA